AUGGGUAAUCUCACAGUGGUGACUGGAUUCCUCCUCAUGGGCUUUUCCAACACCUCAGACCUGCAGAUCUUACAUGCCAUGUUCUUCUUGUUAAUCUACCUAGUGGCUCUAAUUGGGAACCUGCUCAUCUUCACCCUCAUCUCUCUUGAUGGGUGCCUCCACACCCCAAUGUACUUCUUUCUGAAGAACUUGUCAUUUUUAGAUCUCUGCCUCAUUUCUGUCACUGUUCCUAAAUCUAUUGCAAACUCCUUGAGCCACAGCUGCUCCAUCUCUUACUUGGGAUGUGUACUACAGCUCUUUCUAGUGAUUUUAUUUGCAGGAUCAGAGAUUUCAAUCCUCACAGUGAUGUCUUAUGACCGAUAUAUAGCCAUCUGCCAGCCACUCCACUAUGAAACCAUCAUGAACAAAGAAUCUUGUGUGAAAAUGGCAGUGGCUUCCUGGUUCAGUGGAGGAGUGGUUGGGACCAUGUACUCAGCUAGUACAUUCUCUUUGCCCUUCUGUGGCUCUAGGGAGAUCCAUCAGUUCUUCUGUGAUGUACCUUCUUUACUCAGGAUCUCCUGCUCUGAAAAACACAUGGCAGUUUAUGUGAGUGUCUUCAUUGGGUUGGGCUUAGUGAUUUUCUGUUGUAUUUCAAUCAUCAUCUCCUAUGGUCACAUCUUCUCAACUGUGCUGAAGAUUCCAACAACACAAGGUCGGUCUAAAGCCUUCUCCACUUGCCUGCCUCAUCUCAUUGUUUUCAUAGUUUUUGUCAUAACUGGUUCCAUGGCUUAUUUAAAGCCACAUUUGGACUCUGACUCAGUUCUGGAUCUAUUGUUGUCUAUGUUCUAUACAGUGGUGCCUCCAACUUUGAACCCUGUCAUUUAUGGCCUGAGGAACAAGGACAUGAAGACUUCUAUAACAAAAUUCAUAGCUUGGAAACACUCAUCAGAAAGAUUAAUGAAACUAUCUUUUCCAUGA